AUGGCGGUUAUCAGCGCACUAGCAACCGCAAUCGCCGUGACAUUUCUGGCGGCAGCUUUACCGGCAUUCGCCGGCGACACAAACAAAGUAUUCUCUCCGUGCACGGACACACGCGUGCAGAGAUCCGACGGUUUCACGUUCGGACUCGCGUUCGCAGCGAAGGACAAGUUCUUCUAUAAUAACAAUAACAGUGUUCAGUUAUCGCCCUGCGAUACUAGACUCUCUCUCUCCAAUUCGAACUCUCAGAUCUCAUUGUUUAGGCCUAAGGUUGAUGAGAUCUCGCUCUUAACGGUUAAUUCUUCCUCGUUCGUUGCGGACUCAUAUGGCUAUAUGGUUGCAUUUGCUGGUCGUAAAUAUGCAGCAAGGUCCCCUCCUGCUUUUGUUGCAAAUGGCUCAUAUACUGUAACCAGUUUUACUCUUGUUCUUGAAUUUACGAAGGGCAGACUGCAAAAUUUGUAUUGGAAUAGAGAUGGAUGUGCUAAAUGCCCGAAAAAUUCAAAAGCUGUCUGUCUUAACAAUCAGGAUUGUGCACUACAAACAUCUAGUUGCAAGAGCCAUGGAGGAACUGUGGAUUGCAGCUUAGGUAUACAAUUGGCAUUCUCUGGCACAGAUAAACACCUUUCAGCUCUCAACUCUUGGUAUGAAGUGAAAAACCUUCGCCAAUAUUCACUCUAUGGCCUUUAUUCAAAUCUGAGAAGUUCACUCACUAGCCAGUAUGAUAAAUUAUUCUAA